GGGGAGGCGAGGGGAAAAUAAAAUAAAGGCAACACCCGGGUCAAUGCUCGGCUCCGCUCGCCGCCAGCACCUCGCUCAGUGAACUGGAAGAUGGAGAUGGAUGUUAAGGGAGUUUCUCCGUGCCCGGAGCCCAUCCCCCCGGCGGCGGGGGCUGGCGGCUGCCCGCACCAGCGCCCGCACCACCGCGAUGGGCAGCCCGCCGAGCCGGCCCCCGCCGCCGACAGCGGCCACCCGGAGCGGCGGCACAGCAGCGACAAAGAGGACAAGAAGAGAACUACAGCCAACAAGACUUCAAGUGCUCCUUCCUACAGCAGAUGGUCCAGUUCACAGCCUCAUCAGUCCAGCUCUACAGUGAGAACGUACCAAAACAGUAAAUCAAGAGUCACCAUGAGCCCUGGCUUUAGCAACCAGUGGAAUAGCAGCCAACCUGCUUGGAAUACAUACACCUUCCCAAGAGCAAGCUUGCACUACCAGUCCCAUGCUAGCUACACCUACUGUGCUGGACAUCCUACUCAGUCCUAUGCACCAGCUCCCCACCCCAUGGCUCCUCCCAGCCCCAGCACAAACAGCAGCAACAACAGCAGCAACAACAGCAGUGGAGAGCAGUUGAGUAAAACCAACCUGUACAUUCGAGGCCUUCCACCCGGCACCACUGACCAGGACCUUAUCAAACUGUGCCAGCCGUAUGGGAAAAUUGUAUCAACAAAGGCAAUUCUUGACAAAAACACAAAUCAGUGCAAAGGUUACGGUUUUGUAGAUUUUGACAGCCCGGCAGCAGCACAGAAAGCAGUAGCAUCUCUCAAAGCAAAUGGCGUGCAAGCGCAGAUGGCAAAGCAACAAGAGCAAGAUCCCACAAAUCUAUACAUCUCAAAUUUACCUGUUUCCAUGGAUGAGCAGGAACUGGAGAACAUGCUGAAACCUUUUGGACAUGUCAUUUCCACCAGAAUAUUAAGAGACGCAAAUGGAGUCAGCAGAGGAGUUGGCUUUGCCAGAAUGGAGUCUACAGAAAAAUGUGAAGUAGUAAUUCAGCAUUUUAAUGGCAAAUAUCUGAAAACCCCACCUGGUCUACCAGAGUUAUGUUUAUGUAACCAGUUGUUCUUGCUGAGCUGCCAUUCAGCCCCCACUGAGCCUUUACUGUGCAAAUUUGCUGAUGGAGGGCAAAAGAAGCGCCAGAAUCAAAGCAAAUACACACAGAAUGGAAGGCCGUGGCCCAGAGAAGGAGAGGCUGGCAUGGCUUUGACUUAUGAUCCAACAGCUGCUAUACAGAAUGGAUUUUAUUCCUCACCGUACAGUAUUCCAACAAACCGCAUGAUUCCACAGACAUCAAUCACGCCAUUCAUUGCUGCUUCCCCUGUCUCUACAUAUCAGGUCCAGAGUACUUCAUGGAUGCCUCAUCCGCCAUAUGUUAUGCAACCAACAGGUGCUGUGAUAACACCAACAAUGGACCACACUAUGUCAAUGCAGCCAGCAAGCAUGAUGGGCCCACUGACCCAACAGAUGAACCACCUUUCCUUGGGCACAACAGGAACGUACAUGACUGCUGCUGCACCUAUGCAAGGGACCUACAUUCCCCAGUACACUCCUGUGCCUCCAACAGCUGUCCCUAUUGAAGGUGUUGUUGCUGAUACUUCUCCACAGACAGUAGCAUCUUCAUCACAGGAAGCCAGUGGUCAACAGCAACAGAUGACAGUGGAAACAUCCAGUGAACAUGCACCUGCAUAUUCUUACCAACAAUCUAAACAAUAAACAGGACUGAAGAAUGUCGGUCUGAAAUCAUUGCCUUGAAUGGAGAAACUUCACUGAACAAGAAGUUGGCUUCCAGUUUGCACAGGCGUCAAAUGAAUGCUUUCUUUUUUUUUUUCUACCUUUCCCAACGAAAACAAAACAGUGUUUUUAUGUGCUGUGCAAAUGGUUCCGUCAUGUAGUCUGACAAUUUUAUUUUUGCUAUUUUUUUUUUUUUUUUUGUCGUUGUUAACUAAAGAAAAAACCUGAAGGAAAAACGCUGGGUUGACAUUUCAUCUGGACGAACAUCUGAAUUCAGAAUUUACCUGGAGGUGUAGCUAGAUUUUUUUUUUAACAGAAAAACUGAUGAUGUCAAGAGGGAGCAAGUUGAGAUGAAAACCAAUUGUCUUCCUCAAAAAUUAAGCUACUCUUUUUCUCUCAUUUUAUUUUUCUUCUUGUUUUAAAUCUAGAGUGGUUUUUGUUUUUUGGUUCUUUUGUUUUAUUUUUGUUUGUUUUUUUUAAAGAAAUGUUUAGGUAAGGUUUAUCUUGAAUCUUAAUUGCCUUAAUUUUAAGGACGUCAAAGGCUCUCAAGGCAAGCUGUCAACGUCUUGUUAGAAAACCCGAGAAUGAAUUGAAACUGCUCACACCGGUGCUGGUGCAGAAGUUUAAUAGACUGAGUUUUUGGGGUGAACAAAAAAUAAACUGUACAGUUUAAAAGAAAAUGAUUUUCUUCUUUUGAAGAAAAGUUGAUGAUAAAGGAACUGUGGCAACUGAAAGGAUUGGAAAAAUGCUGGGACUUUUAUGAACUUUGUCUUAAGUGUUGACAGAAAAAAAAUCUAGAAGGCUAAAGCAUUUUACAGUAAAGUUAUUGAAUUGAGAAAAAAACUUGCUGCAUUAUAGAGAAUGCAGGGGUUUUUUCUUGCAGAAUGCAGAUUUUUUUAUUUACAAAGCGUGAUCGCUAGCGAAAGCAUUAGUGCUUUUUAUCUGCAGUCUUUUUUAUGAGCUUUAAGAAGUUUUUAGUCUGCUUUGCUUGUCACAUUGCAAAAACCUAGCUUAAGAGCAUUAAAAAAAACUUAAGUAGAUAGGAGCUUAUGGUCAAAAAAGUGCAAAAAAAGCAAUAGAUAGAAGAAAUUGUUGACAAUUUCUGUAGUCUUUCCUAGUUGUGAACAAAUGCAGCCUAUGGAUGGCCUAUUUUAUACCAAAGAUGAAGUGACACCCUAACGCAGUCCAGAAGAUAGAGGUUUUGUUUUUUUUUUCUUUUUUUAUCUUUAUUUGACCUACAUGGCCGGACCAGUUCUUACUUUCUUGUUUGUUUAAACUAUCUUCCACUGGUGUUUUACAUACUGCAUAUGUUUUUAGUGGAAAUUUCAGAAUAGUUGGUAUUUUAAGUUUGUUGAUGGUGUGCUUUGGAGAACAUCACAAAGCAAGUGGAGUGAGUUACCAACUAAUCUGUCCAGGUGGGCUUUAAUUUUUAAGAGUUUUUCUGUUAAAUUGCCUGAUCUUUGGUAUUUCUACUGAAACAACAGUCUUCCUUCUGAAUUCCAACAUACCACAGACUCAUUUCUUCACCUCAGUCUUUGUCAUCGUCCAGCAUGCAUAGCCACCUUAAUUCUGUGUUCAUUUUUCAGUGAUGCAUUUGAAUUGCCAGUUAGAUGCAACAGAAAGGAAACUUGAUCUUUGUUCUCAUUUUAGCUCUCCCGUGCAAGCAGAAAUGUUGAAAAUGACUUAUGCUAGUGUUGUCAUCCAGGCAGGAAGUUAAUUAUUCUUCUCUGCUAUGAUUUCCGUUGUCUUAAUAUGUUGGCUGACAAUCACUAAUUAGUAUGAUUAGGCAGAAAAGACACUAACUAAAUUGAAUCCACUGAAAUCUGUUUUAAGAAUGACAGUUAUUUUCCAUAGAGAAGUUAGGAUUACGGCUCUUGAUUUUUCCAAGCGACCAAAAAAAAGUGAAAAGCAAGUCAAAAGAGGAUUUGUUCCUUAAGAAGGCAGAAGAGAAGCAGCAUUUAAAUAUAUACAUGCAUACACAUGUAUCUUUAAGUAGAAAUUAAACCAAACAUUUUUAAACUUCUCUCCAUCCAGAAGAGAGGGGAAGCUUCAUCACAUUUAUUGUGGUGCAUUAGAGACAGGGUAUCCAUUAAAAAUAAUUAAAUUAAAACGUAUAUAUUGGAUCAAUCUGAUUCAGCCACACAAUUCUGAAAAGAGAUCUGUUUCCCUAACCUGACUUUUAGGGGAAAAAGUACACAGUUAUUUUUUUAAAUUGAUAAAACGAGAUCAUAUUUUUUAAUGUAGUGGGGGGGGAGGGGGUUUCCCAAGUAAAUGGCUGCUAGAUAUGCAACGUAUAAAAGAGAGGAAUGGGAAUUCAUGUGGUUCUUCACCAUAGGAAGAAGGCCUGAUUUUCAGAAGUGGUAAAAGUUAUGCUUUCUCCAGAAUAACUGUUGAUAUUCAGCACUUCUGAAAACCAGAUGAUGCCAAAGUAAAAGAACAAUACCCACAACCUGUUUUUAAUUCAGAAAAAAAAAAACAAAAAACACAACAAAAUGCAUAUACAUGUAAAGAAACUCAAUCAUCUCUUUCUGUUCCACAUGCUGUCUCAUUACUUGUUGCUUUUUGAGAGUGGCAUUUGAAUUUUGGCCUUGGAUAAAGGUUCCCUCUUUAUUUGGAGGGCAUAUGGGGGAGAAAUCAAUCUAGCCUUAUUUUCUUCCUUUCUACACAUACUCUCUUUCUGUCUCUGAAUUCUUUGUACAAAUAGAGAUAACCCCAGGCACAAUUCAGUUCAAUAUGAAAUAAACAUAUUUGUUUCUGUGUUAGUUCUAAUGUGACAUACAAAAAGUCUCAUUUACUAUCAACAAUGAGGCUACAAGGUAGCUACCAUGUGGCUGAUGAAUAUGCUGAGGUACCUUCUUAUUUCUAUUCAGAACUCUGCUGCUUUAUUUAUACAUUCAGAAACAUUUUUGUUAUUUUUUUCAGCAAACAAAUUUAAGCAAUCUCAGUGUUUUUUUAUUAAGCCAGGCAGGCAACACAGUGUAACGAUGCCUGUCACUUUAAAGUGUUUCAAGUGCAUUCUGUGUUAGAAUUGUUCCUUUUUUUUCCAUGCUGCAAUGUUUAUUAGUGUUUGAAAUCAAAAGAAAAAAAAACAAAGAAAUAGAGGAAGAAGAGGAAAGAAAAUGGAUUUCCUAAAUACAAUUGAUUGUUUUACUCUUCCCCAAAAACAGAGAACUGGUACUUGAAAGACUAUGAAUUAUAAAAAAUGAGAUUUGAGUAUAAACAGUCAUAAAUAUUAAGGUAAGAAAAAAACUUAUUGGGAACAUACAAAUUGUAUGGAAAUUGGUAACUUAUUUGUAAAAGUUACAAGUUGAGAUAAAGGAGAACAGCUGAAAAGCAAUAUGCUGCAUGGUUGUUGUCAUAGCACUAGAACACUUGGUGGCUUCUGAACUCUAAAACUGGUGUUCUUUAUGUUCAGGCUAAUAAGAUUUAUCAGAAAGUUCACUAUAGUUAUCUCUUUCAGUUGUUGGUUGGUGGGUUUUUUGGUUGUUGGUUUUUUUGGGUUGGUUUUUUUUGUUGUUUGUUUGUUUGUUUGUUUUGAAGAUCCAAAUUUGUAAAGUCGAUAUCUGUGUCUUGCCAAUUUAGCUUUAAAUAUGAGGGUUCCUGAAAGGUUGCAGAAACAACUCUAGAAGUCUAAGGCAAUGGUGCCUGUCCCAGCGGUCUAGAAGCAACAUCAAAUCCAUAAGCUGAACUGCAUAUGUACUUUCCAUCACACCUGAAUUCUUGUAAAUAGUCAAAUCUGAAUGUUCAGGUUUGGUAUUUUUGUUUUUACUUUAAAAGAUAAAUACAGGAGGGGUGUCAGAGAAAUACAAAUUAUGGCUAGAAAUUCUGAAUACCUGGGCUCGUCGCUUAAGAUUGAGAAAAAAAUGGAUACAGUGGAACUGAAGAGAGUAUUAUAUUUGCAGGUGCAGUGUAGAUCGGGGCACUGAAAAUUCUUGCUGUUCCCAGUGAGAUUGCUGAGGGACUCUUCUUCCUAUCUGGCUCUACUGCUGGUUUUGUAAGCACUUUUCACCUGUGACAGUCAGGCCUCAAAUUGUGAAUGUCCUCCUAUUGCCUUCCAGUGAAACAGACUCUUGAAAUGUCCUUAGCUUGUGCUUACUUGUAUAGUUCCGUUUACCAAGAGACUGCCUUGGUUGUGUUGGUCAAGAAAUCCACCAUAAUACAGAAUGAGGCAUACUGAGAGCAAUUGCAUCACACUGUAUUAUCUUCUGCUAUGGAUGCAUGCCCAACUGUGGAAGAUAAAGGCUGGUUAUUAGAGAAAUUGAGGGCUUAAACUUUCAGUGGGCAAUGGGCUGAAGCACUCAAAUGGAUUUUUACACAGGUAAAAAUCAAACAAAGGGUAUUAUUUAUGUAUGUAUGUGUAGCAAAACUCAGCAAAUUUGAGGAAGCCUGCAUUGUAAUAAAGUUUAUUUUUAAUAUGUCAUAGUAUUUGGAUCUAUAUUAUGUUGUUUAUGGUACUGAAGGAUGAUACUGAUGCAAAGUGUUUAACAAAUUGCCGUGCUUCAUGAUUUUAAGCUUGAUGGUGCUCCUCAUGCCACUUCAUUUUAAUGCUGAGGUUGACAUGAGCAAAACAGGUUUAGGCAGAUUCACUGAACUCCACCUCCAGUAAGAGUCAUGCUAAAGAGUGAUAAUGUGCUUAAAGUAAUGAAUCAAUCCAUUUUUUGUGGUGAGACCAAAUGUGGUAGUUGAAGAUAGUAAUGUUUGAUGCACACAUGGUCAACAUUUCCUUUCAAAACUUUAUUUAACAUGAAAUUGGUCCCAAAACAAAACAAGUGCCCUAGGGUGAAGGAUUUUACAGAUCUUUCUGGGUAGCCCGUGUGAGCUGAGGAAACAGUCUCGGUGUGAUGGAAGUGCAAAACAGAAAAUAACAAAAACACUGGCAUUUGGUGCAUUGGUCUUUUCUGUUUGAUGACAAUUGGAUCUAAUAAUAACGAUGCUUUUCAUUUCUAAUAUUCAUAUACACAAUCAUGCACGCACGCGUUCUCAGAAGGAGGGCUGAGUGACUGGCAGACUUCUCCUCUCCCUCACUGGAGCAGAUUUCUAGAAUCUUAGCACGCAGCAAAGAUACAGUGGAAGGAGAACUGUUUCCCCUCAAAAAAGAGCACCAGCUUUUUCUAUAUUGCUCCUGUCACCCACAUAGAUCAGAACUCAGUAUGUACCCCAGAAAUUUAUUCAUCUUUGUGCCUCAAAGCAGGCAGCAGAGACCUUUUCUUCUCCCCUUCAUUACCAUUCUGUGUUAAAAUUAACAGUAAAUUGAGAGAAAAGUUGUCAAAAAAGUGGAAAGAAAGAAAAGAAAAAAAGUUGCUUUAGCUUUCCAUGCUUGGCAUCCAAAAAUGCUUGUCCUUGUUUCAGUCGCUCAAGAUUUCAUUCUCCAACAGUGACAGUUGUGUUCUUUCAUUUGUGAUAAGUAAAACAAUAUCAGCCUUUGACAGGUUCACAAAUCCAUGUUUCCUUGUAGAGCCAGACUCUGCAAGAUGUAAGCACCUUCCAAGAUCUGGAACUGUUAUCCUAAGAGAGUAUCUGCCCAAUGUUAAUUUCUGCCUUUAGGUGUCUCUCUCUUGGAUAAUAAUGUUAUGAAUUUGGUGGAAUUUGCAGGCAGUUAUAUUUUUAAAAGCCCAGAAAUGCAGCCUAGAGAAGAGAACAUGAUGUUUAUGUAACUAAAGUAUUAUGAAAUAUGCUGUAUUCCAGAGUGGAGGAAAAUUCUAUCUUUUGGAGGCAAAACAUUUUAAUGUAAAAAUCAGGAAGCAUACAGAAUUCAUAUAGGAACAUUUAAUUGUUUCCUUUUUAAAGGAGAAUGAGCAGGUUCUGUCGAUAAGGAAAAUCAAAGCAGCUUUGAAAGCAGAUGAACUUCCUAUCAAGAAAUGUGCAUCACACAAAUGGGACAGAGGUUCUUUAAAGCCCUUACAGACCUCACUGUAGCCAAAAUGUAGAAUACAGAACCUCCGUGAUCCAUUAAAUUAUGAGUCUUAUUUAUAUGGGCAUCUGUGUGCUGAUGUCUCAGAAUGUCUUUGAAAGAUCUGUACUGCUAUGAUUUUUUUUGAUGUUUUCCAUUUGUACCACAAUCCUAAUAGCUGCCAUUUUCCCACUCCUGGGGCUUUCUGUAGAUCAGUGGAUGUUAGGUUUAAACUUCUGUUUUCUUUGAUGAAGCUUUCAAUAAAAAAAUAAAGAAAGAAAA